AUGUCAUCAUCAAAGACAUUCGAUUUAUCGAGGUUUGCGUAUAGUAAAGGGAAUUCUAGCGAUUAUACUAGUAAAUACACUCCACUCAGGAGAAGUUCAACUACUCCAUCCACCUCCACGACGCCACAGCUUAGUAGAUCGAAUACGGACACAGACACAGGAAUAGACACACCCAACAAAUCUAAAAAGAGGAAAUAUACCUACGAGCCACCGGAAUCAUUCGCUCAACUCACAGGCGUGCCUGAUUACAUGACAGAAGGGUGCGAUUUGAUGCUGGUCGGUAUAAACCCAGGCAGGACAUCAGCGACGCUUGGGCACCAUUUCGCACACCCAUCCAACUCAUUUUAUAGUUGCUUGUAUGAAUCUGGCCUUACACCAACCAAACUUCGUCCACAGCAGGAUUACACCCUCCCAGUACUCAAUUACAGCAUCACGAACCUCAAUCACCGCCCCACUGUCACUCAAUCUCAGCUAUCAAAGGCAGAGAGCAGAGCUAUGGUGCCUGAGUUGUGUUGGAAGGUGCACAAAUACAAACCUAAAUUAGUCGCACUCGUUGGAAAAUCUAUCUGGGACGAUGUACACUUUGUCUUCAAGUCCAAUUCGUUCAAUUACGACUAUAGACUUGAUAAUAAGGAUAAAAAAGUUAACAUAGUGGAAAAAUCAGGUGACUGCGAUCAUACGGCUGGAUUUCUCUUGCAGAAUUUUAAGAUAGUCCACGACGAUAACAAUGAAUCCCUUUUCUUUACCCUCCCCUCUACCAGCGGACUAGUCGCAGCUUAUCAGAAGGAGGCCAAGGUUAGAGCGUUCAAGAGGUGCAAGCAGACGCUGGAUAGAAUCAAAGAGUCAUCUUUGGAUACUUCUACCAUGCACAUCGUCGAUAGUGUCACCCUUGCUCAAACUUUCGCUCAUUUGGAUCAGCGAUAG